AUGCAGUCAUUUCUACCGACAUACCUCAAAGAAGUCUUAGUAUUACCCAUCCAUUUGAAUGGCUUUUAUACGAUGGUUCCAUUCUGCUCCCAAUUGCUCUCAAAAAAUACGAUGGGCCCGCUUGCCGACCAUUUGAAACGAAAUAAGGGCUUCAACCCGACGAAGCUCGGGAAAUUUUUCCAAACGAUUAGUUGUUUCGGGUCGGCCUUAUUUGUGGUUUUGUUAUGUUUUGUACCAAGUUGUGAGAAUCCUAUCGUUGCUGUUCCGCUUUUGCUAGGCUACGGAUUAUCAUUUUCGUGUUUGGUGCCUGGAUAUUUCACGUCUGUACUUUCCAUCGCUCCGCCUUACACCGGGACAAUCACCUCGCUCAGUACCAUUCUCGGCACGAUUGGCAGCAUGCUAGGGCCGCUGAUUCUGUCACUCAUUAAUUAUUUGGAGCUUGAACACAAAUGGCCAAUCCUGUUUUGCUCGAGCGCCCUGGUGCAGGGGAUUGGCGGCAUAAUUUUUCUGACCUGGGGCACAGCCGAAGUUUUGCCAUGGGCUCGCUUGGAUAAGGUGAAACCAAGUUUUUCACUCGAUGACGUGCCCGGAGAAGGGAAAAUUCAACGGACUGAUUCUGAC